AUGGAUACGCAGGCAUUUUGUGAUAUGAACUGCAACACGUUCAAGGAUCUGGCAAAAGCCGCAAACCUGUCGCAUGAUCACUUCAUCCGGACCACGGAUACAGCGCAUAAGGAUGCUGUGCGAUAUUUCUGGGAAAUGCUUCAGCAUCGUGGUUACAUAUAUACCAAGAAGCAUGAAGGCUGGUACUCUGUCAGUGACGAAGCGUUCUAUCCGAAGUCACAGGUGCAGCCCUCUUUGGAUCCCGCGACAGGCCGAAAAUUAAUGGUUUCGGUUGAGACCGGAAAAGAAGUUGAAUGGUCAUCGGAGACCAACUAUCACUUCCGUUUAUCUGCCUUUAAGGACCGACUUCUCCAGUUCUAUGAGAAAAACCCCAACUUUGUCAGACCGAAGCAUCAUAUGGAUGCUCUGGUGAAGUCUGUAAGAGAGGGAUUGCAGGACUUGUCAAUAUCCAGGCCCGCCGAGCGUCUGACCUGGGGUGUUAGGGUUCCAGGGGACGAAUCCCAGACGAUCUACGUUUGGCUAGAUGCGCUUGUUAAUUACCUAACAAAGGCUGGCUAUCCUUUCACCCCAGGCAAGGAAUCGGAAAUGGGCUGGCCAGCUGAUAUCCACGUUGUAGGAAAAGACAUUGUUCGUCACACACAAUCACACAGUUUCCAUUGCGUGUACUGGCCUGCAUUCCUCAUGGCACUUGACUUGCCUCUUCCUCGGACAGUUCUUGUCCAUGGUCACUGGACAAUGAACCAGGCGAAAAUGUCAAAGUCCACAGGCAAUGUCGUGAACCCCUUCUUUGCCAUAGACCGGUUUGGCUUGGAUUCCAUGCGGUUCUUCCUCAUGCUUCAAGGCCCACAAGAUAAUGAUUCUGAUUACGACAACUCUUAUGUCGUUCGCGACUACAGGACGCAUCUGCAACGUGGACUCGGCAAUUUGACAAGUCGCACAUUGGGUGUUGCUAAGUUGCAAUUGCGGCCGUGCAUAGAAGCUGCGGCGAAUGGUACACUUGUUAAACCACAGCCAUCGGAUCUUGAAAUUGAAGCCUGUCUUCGUAGUAGGCCAAAAAGUGUCAGAAAGUCAAUGGACGCCAAUUUAGAUCCGAAAAGAGCUCUUGAAAAAAUCGCGAAACUCGUGCAACUGGUCCAAUAUUAUUUCCACAUAUCAGCACCAUGGGACCACGACACAACGGGGGACCCCAGUCAAGGCUACCGCUGUAUUUACAACGCGUGUGAGGGUCUGCGCAUCGCUGGCAUUCUCCUGCAACCUUUCAUGCCCCAAAAAUCCACGGAAUUGCUGGAUCUUCUCGGCGUGGGUGCCUCCGCAAGGGGGUUUUCAUCGGCCAGUUAUGGAGCGGACUUUGAUUAUGGCCACGACGUGAAAAGGAAUAAACACCUAUUCCGGCAGCUUCUGAUGGAGAAAUAA